AUGUGGAAGAGUAAUAGUAGUCAUCAUGCAAAUGAAGAUGAAAAUGAGAAUGCAGCUUUUGGAUUUAUGGAAAUUGUAUUCUCAUGGUCUCUCAGAGAUAUUCUCAAUGAAAAUCUCUAUAAAAAACAGGUGAAAAAAAUUCCUGACACGUUUAGUUCAUCUGAUGAUUACAAAAACUCCUUCAUUCAACCAUUGCUGGAGGAAACACAUUCAGAUUUAUACUCAAACAUGCAAGGAGUGUCUAAUGCUCCUUUUUGUGAAGUUUUGAAAAUCGAAAGGGAUAGGAAGCAAUUUAAGCUUCCAAAAGCAUUAUUCUAUCUGUUAUCGUUGAAGACUUCACAAGAUAUUAAUGGUAAAUAUGAACCAGAAGCUGGCGAUCUUGUUGCUUUCACUGAUAUUAAGCCUAAAAGAGUAGAUGAUCUUAAUACACAAAGAUGUUCCUAUAAUGUUGGAUAUGUUGUCGCGCCAAAAGAUGAAUUUUCUGGUGAAGUCUCGAUACUGUCAUCGAAAUGCAUGUUUGAAUCUGACUUCAGGAAUAAUGAUAAGAAGAUGUAUGCAGUUUAUCUUAUGAACAUGACAACAAAUGUUCGUAUUUGGAAAGCCUUGAAUUCACAGUCAGACGGUGACCACCUUGACCUUAUUAAAAAAGUGUUGCGGCCUUGUCACGAUGGUGGAGAAAACUGCAAGUUUUGUAGUCAAUAUGCUUACACUAAAGAAGACAUAAUUCGUUCUCAAAAUCUGAAUGAAUCACAGGAGGAGGCUGUUUCAAGCUGUGUUGGUAUGUUAAACUGUUGUCAUGCUAAUACCAAACUUAUUUGGGGUCCUCCAGGAACUGGGAAAACAAAGACUGUUGCAUGCCUCUUGUUUUCUCUACUCAAGUUGAAUACCAGAACACUGACAUGUGCACCAACAAAUACUGCGAUUUUGCAAGUCGCAACUCGGUUGCUUACUUUAGUUAUGGGAUCCCUUGAGUAUGAUUCAUAUGGUUUAGGCGACAUUGUGCUGUUUGGAAAUGGUAAAAGAAUGAAAGUUGAUUGUUAUCCAGGUCUAGGAGAUAUCUUUCUUGAUUAUCGCGUGAAAAACCUCAUGCAGUGCUUUGCUCCUUUAACCGGAUGGAGGCGUACGCUGGAGUCCAUGUCCCAGUUUCUCCAGGAUCCUAAAAAUCAAUAUUUGUCAGAGAGUGAUCAUAAGUCCCUUGAGGAUUUUGUCAGGGAAAACCAUAGUCAUGUUUUAUCCGCUUUCUCCUCGUACAGGCGAAUUAGUAGGAAUGAUGAUGAUAUUAUGACAUUUGAGGAAUAUGUGCAGAAGUUGUGGAAGGAUAUUGCAGAUGAAUAUUCGGACGAGAUAGAAAAAGAUGAAAGUUUCAUGACAUUGGAACAGUUUGUAAAGAAGACAUUUCGUGAACUAAGUGAGAAGCUCAAGUAUCUGAUACAAACCUUAUAUACUCAUUUGCCGAAGUCUUUCAUUUCGCUUGCAACUGUGAAAAAGAUGUUUCGAGCUCUUGAAUUAUUGAGGUCUAUUGGAAUUUCAUUGUUUCAAGCAGAGUUUAAGCAAACUCUUAGUGAAAAAGAAAGAAUUCCUUCUUGCUUUCUUCGAUCUAACUCUGAAAUAGACGAGUUCUUGAAAAUACUCAGUUUGCUUUCAAGAUCUAUUCUUCUUCCUGAACUCAAUGGGAGAAAUCAAAUAGAAAAGUUUUGCUUGUCCAAUGCAUGUCUAAUUUUGUGUACAGUUUCUAGUUCUAUUAAACUGUACACCGAAGGAAUGACUCAGGUGAAGUUUCUAGUAAUUGACGAAGCGGCUCAGUUGAAAGAGUGUGAAUCAACAAUCCCCUUACAGCUACCGGGUCUUCAGCAUUGCAUUCUUAUAGGUGAUGAGAAGCAACUUCCAGCACUGGUGAAGAGCAAGAUUGCUGAUAGUUGUGGGUUUGGAAGAAGUAUGUUCGAGAGACUGGUGCUGUUAGGAUACAAGAAGCAUAUGCUUAAUAUUCAGUAUCGAAUGCAUCCAAACAUAAGCUUAUUUCCAUGCAAAGAGUUCUAUGAUCAAAAGAUUUCUGAUGCCCCUUUUGUCAUGGAAGAAAGCUACAAUAAGAGUUUCCUUGAAGGAGAAUUAUAUUCAUCGUAUUCUUUUAUUAAUAUCGCUAAGGGUAAGGAGAAAUCUGGCCGUGGCCACAGCUUGAUGAACAUGGUUGAGGUUGCUGUCAUUUCUGAGAUGAUUAAAAACCUUAAAAAAGAGUUUAAGAGGACACUAAACAAAGUUAGCAUUGGAGUUAUCUCUCCAUAUAACGCUCAAGUCUAUGCAAUCCAGGACAAAAUUAAGCAGUACACUUCUGUUUCUGAUACCGAUUUUUCUGUGAGUGUUCGCUCGAUCGACGGUUUUCAAGGGGGUGAGGAAGAUAUUAUUAUAAUGUCUACGGUGAGAUCGAAUGGGAGUGGAAAAGUAGGUUUUCUUUCUAAUAGACAAAGAACAAAUGUGGCUAUGACAAGAGCCAGAUAUUGUCUUUGGAUAUUAGGAAAUGCUUCUACUUUAGCCAAUAGUGACUCUAUUUGGAGCAAGUUAAUUGUUGCUAAGAGAAGAAAUUGUUAUCAUGAAGCUGGAGAAGACCCGAAAUUGGCUCGUGUUAUUGAGGAUAUCGUUUUUGAGCUUGAAAUAGUUGGAGAAUCUGAGUCGAAAUUUAAGAAACUCAGUCUGUGUGAAAACCCAGAGACAGAUUCUACUUCCUCUAGGGUAAGGAAACCUAGGGUGCCAAGUAUUACGCUGGCGAAUCAAUUGCGAGGUGUUCGGUCCCUAAGAGAAGACAUUGAAUCAUUGUUAUGA